AUGCUUCCACAUCAACCAUCUCUAAUUUCUGAUCACCAAGGCUACAACACAGUCGUUCCGAACUCAUUGCACAACUCUCCAAAACAUAAAAUUAUUUCUUUACUCUCCUCCGAGAUUGAGAAAGAAUUUAAUGUCAGAGUUUUAUUUGUGUGUGAUGCGGGUAGUCGAGCAAUGAAUAUUCAUGAUCAAUCUGAAAAGGAUUCAAGUGAUUAUGAUGUGAGAUUUGUUUAUGUUCAUCCAUUGGAGUGGUAUUUGAGAGUUGUUGAUGAAGUAGAAUUGGAAAUAAGAAAAAAAGUUAUGGUGAAUUUGAAAGGUAUGAAUCAAGAGGAAACAGAAAUUGAUUUUGUCGGAUACGAGUUGAGAAAAACAUUAUCCUAUACAAAGAAAUCAAAUCCCACAGUUAUGGAAUGGUUUAUUCAAACUGACAUUAUCUAUUAUUGCUACAGAGACAGUUGGUUAAAAGAAAUGAAGGAAUUUUGGUCACACUAUUUUUUUAACAUUAGAACGAUAGUUUAUCAUUAUUUGAAUGUAGCCAAAGAUAAUUAUGUGGAUUAUCUGCGUAACAAACUUGAAGUGAAUAGAAAGAAGUAUAUUUACAUUUUGAGAUGUUUAUUGUGGAUUGAACAUGCCAGAUUGUCACACUUUCUAAAUUCAAUCAAAUUGAAAAAUACCGAUGAAAUCAAGACCAGUUCAUAUGUAGAAGUGGAGAUACCUCCUUUCAAAGUUGAUGAAUUGAUUGAUCAAGUUCUUGAAAAACAACAAGCAUUUCUGCAAACAUCAGAUGCCAUCAAAUCGAAAUAUCCUGUGACUGUCAAUAUAUUUGAAAAACAAGGAGAAGCUCUGAGUGAAUUACAAAUUUUAAUUUCUAGAAAAAAACAGAGUUCAGGUCAAUGGGAUAAGGAAACACGUAUUGAGGUUUUGGAUGAUUGGAUCUUUUUCUUAAGAACUGAUUUAAAAGUUUUCGCUGACAAGGUACUCUCCAACGAGAAGAGAAGAAUCGAUGGGAUAUCUUUGGAUGAACAAGUUCAAUUACAAAAGAGAUUUGACAGCAUGUUUUAUCAAGCAGUAACAGGAUUUGACACAUUGAUACCAAAGUUAUCUACAGUUCUUGAAAAUUACCCAUAA